AAAAGUUGAGGUGGCAACAAUUGCGAAGUUUACCCUCUGCGGACGAAAUGAGUGUGGUUUAGUAGAAAAAGUACUUUUUGUCCUCUAUUUUGAAUAUUACUCUCUGGUUAUUUUAUUUUUUUACACUGAAAUUACCAUUUCUCUCCCCAAAUUUUAUUACAAUUUUUUUAACUUCUGAAUCCAUAAUUUAUAUUUUUCUAAAUGAAGCCUUCUUAUGAAAAACUUCUGGCAAUCAAUAAAAUGGCUUUAGGGUGAGGAAGUGCAUGUAUCAGAGUAUAUUUGAGGCCCCAAGCUGGACACCCAUGAGGAAGCGUCAUCCCUUCGUACUUCUGAAAUCAACGAGACGCUUACGGAUGCUUUCAAAAAUAGCGUUCAAGAUGACAUGACUGAACAGCCAGUCGCAACAUUUAGUAAUUCUUCUACUCUCACAGAUAUUUGUUGUAGAGCAGAUACUGCUGAAGUUGAAUUAGUUAGCUUAAUAGAAGAACACAUUCCACACUACAAACUUAGAGCUGAUACAUUAACAGAAUUUGGUGGAUACGAAAACGAAGACUGGUAUAUACAGACCCCAGCUUUAAGCCCUGAUACUGAUAUACCCCUUAGUCCUGAAGUUGUUGAGGAAACCCUUAAAUAUUUUGUGUUAUGUGCUGAUCGUCUCAGCCAGAUGACCAAGACAUACAAUGAUAUUGAUGCAGUAACUCGAUUAUUGGAAGAAAAAGAACGUGAUUUAGAACUUGCUGCUCGUAUUGGACAGUCCUUGUUGGAUCAAAAUAAGGAUUUGAGAUUAAGGAAUGAUCAACUUGAACAAGAACUGGGGAAUUCAAAUGAUACUUUAACUCAGUUAAAACAUGAUUUAACUGUGAAAAAUGGCUUACUGCAAAUUUAUACUCAAGACUUGGACACAGAAUCAGACACCAGUUCACCAGUUAAAGAACGAGGCUUUUCUGUCAGUUGGGAUCUUCUCAAUAGGAAGAUCAGUAAUUUGCAAGAAGAAAAUAGCCUGCUUAGGACAGAGGCUAUAUCCAGGUCAGCAGAGCUUGAGGACGAGGAGAAAAAAGAAAUGCAGUUGAUUACAGAUUGUGUUAAGCAACUGGGUAUGUUAUUAUUUCUUAAUAUAAAGACUUUAGAGGGAAGUCAUAUUUUUUGACAAUUGGGAAACGCU